AUGGUAUCACAUAAAUCAAAAGUAGUCCGCGUGAGAAGUCAACGGCAACUUCAUUACAUUGAGCCGGACAUGCACUAUGGGAACAUCAGCCCAUCAACUACAAGAGAGAUCAUGUUUCACAAAAUGCCAACGAGCACAGGUGAACCAUCCGUACCACAACCAGUUGAUCGAGUAUUUCGUCUACCCAAAUCGAAAUCCCAGCAUCAUGAUUCUGAAAAUACUCGUUCUCAAUCACCAACUUCUCCACCAACAUCAACGAUAUCGAAUAAUCUACAUGAGAUUGAAACAACAACGAAAUGGUCGACACGAAAGAAAGUCAUCGUUGGUCUGAUAAUAGCUGCUGUUUGUAUUGUGAUUAUCGUGACUGUUAUUGUGACUGUCUUGCUCACUCGACAAUCAAACACGACCGCAUCAACUACAAAUACCACUGUUGUAUAUGUAUUGUGGAGUUUUGAUAAUGUAACAACAGAUUCAUACGGUGUUUACAAUGGUCAGUUAAUGAAUAGUGCAACGUAUUCUCCAAGCUCUAGCACAAUGCCAUAUUUGGGACAAGGCCGCGCAUUAAGUGUAACAGCAGCACAAAAUCAAUCAUUUCAAGUGUCAACUCCAUUCUUGAACCUCGCUUCCACAAGUUUUACUAUCGAAGCUUGGAUUUAUUCAACAAUUGUGACAGGUGACAAUGGUAUUAUGGGUCAAUGUCAGUGUACAUCAUGUUCAAAUCAAUGUUUUUUUUUUCUGAUUCGAUCGAGUAAAUUGUAUGUCGGAUUUACAUUGAAUGAUAUCAAUGGUUUAACAACGAUGACAGUUAAUACUUGGUAUCAUGUUGCUUUUGUUUAUAAUUCUGUUACAAAACAACAAAUCUUGUAUUUAAAUGGAGUACAAGAUAAUAUCAAGUCAAGUUCAUCUGCUUAUCAAGGAACAAAUGGAACAUUUACAAUCGGUUCUGCAAAGUAUUAUCCAUCAACAACAUUUUUUAAUGGUUAUAUAGAUAAUGUUAAGAUUGAGACACUAGCGAAAUCUGCGACAGAAAUUUUAACUGCUGCAUCAUUGAUCGCCUAUUAUUCAUUUGAUUCACCUAAUCCAACUUAUGAUAAUGGCCCAAAUGGAUUAAAUGGUUCAUCAAUAAAUGCAGGAAUAGUUACUGGACGUGUUAACCAAGGAAUACAAUUCACUGGUUCAUCAUCAUAUUUUCAAGCAUAUGGAUUUUAUCAAGCCGGAUACGGCGUUAAUUCCAACAAACCAUUUUCAAUUUCAAUGUGGAUAAGUACAUCAUCGUAUUCCAGUUGUGCAUUUGUUCAGAUGUCAACAGCUUAUAAUGGUGGUUCAUGUUUUAAUAUGCUUGGCAUUUGGUCAUAUACUGGCAAUGCGGCUCAAUUAGUUGCGCAAGGUUAUGCUUGGCCAGCUAUUUAUGGACCAUCAAUAACAUUGAAUACCUGGACACAUGUUUCAUGGACAUUUUCGCUAACUAAUGGAUAUCGAUUGUAUGUCAAUGGAGUUUAUUUCGGCACAACUGGUUAUUAUUCGUAUAGUGGAACUUCUGGUGUGAUCAAUUGGUUACAAAUUGGAUACAGUUUCACUUGUUCAGGUAAUUAUAUCUCAAAUGCUGCUUUCCAAGGAAUCAUCGAUGAAAUUUAUGUUCAUAAUCGAGAAAUUACGGCAACAGAAGUCUAUACAUUCGCUAAUCCAUGA